AUGUCGUCGUUCGACGUACAAACACUGACGAAGGACGCUGGGUUCUUCAGCGAUGCCGCCAACACCCCCACCACUGUUGAAGGAUCAGGGCAGAGGGUGUACUGGCGGGAAUGUUUUAUUCGAGUUUACAAGGCUGGCGACAGGGAGAACCCCACAGAAAAGCACAGCACUUGCGAUGGAGAAGGUUUGGUGCAGAAGGGUAUCAAUCUUUGGUUCGGUGGGAAGAAUGGACAGGUGAAAGAAGAAUCAUAG